CAUUCCAUCUUCGAUGUGUCUCUACACAUCGAGCAACAUCCCCGAUCAUCAUUGAAUGGUUUCUGGCGGCAUGCCAAUGGUCCACAUCCUGCGUGUAUAAAACUGUUCUGGCUACUUCGACUAACACCGUCUCCCGCAGUGACUCGUUCUCACAAGUACAACGACCGUGACCACGCCGCCCUGGCUGACGGCACUGCUUCUCCCCAAGAGCACCUGCCUCGCUAUUUUGCGAAGCAUGGUCACGAGGGUGUCGACCCCAAGAAGGUGAAGAAGAACGGCGGCGGCAGAAGUAACUGGGGCAAUGCCGGCGAGGAAGUCGUCGAUGAGGACUUCCGUUUCACCAACGCGCGGCGUCGCACCAACAGCAGCGGCUACGCUGACAACCUGUCGGCCUUCAAAACCAAGUUCGACGUCAACGAGCCUGAGCCCGUCUUCGAGGAGUCCAUCCACGGCCCCAACGAGGAGGAUGGCGAGGACCUGACCAAGACGGAGACCUCCGAGAGUGGCGGUUCCUCCUACGGUGACGAGAAGAUCACCAAGCACUGA